GUGUAGUCUAAGCUCUCUCUCUCUCUCUUUAGAGCACGAUUAGAAAGGACUUACAGUGUAGGAAUUUUAACCUAGAGGACGAAGGACUGUGUUUCCGGAUAAAUCACAGGCAGUACUCAAGAAUAUUCUACUUAUACGACUGUAACCAUUAUUAUGGUGGAAGGAAACUAGACAGAGCACGCGGAAAACCUACGUUGCUGACAGACCGAAGUGGAAGCCGGUCAGAGCUGGAGAUAGGCUCUUGGCCCCUGUAUGUACCACUUUUGGACCUUUCGUUUUUGCUAAGUAAGCAGACAUGUCGACGGAAAGUGGCAAGAGCAGAAAAGCUGAAGACAUUGAAGAUGGUCUGUCAGUUGUUAGGAUAUUUUACAUUGUAUUUGGAAUCACCGUGGUCUUGGAUUUCCCGGCCGCUGUUACCUUUGUUGUUGUUGGAGAAAUAAGCCGAAGAACGUGUGAGGUUUUAGCGCCUGUGUGUCUCCUGGCAGGAGGCUGUGUAGCCCUUACGGUGUAUGCCCUGCUUCUGCUAGAUCGUCUUCUACACAGGAUGAAACAGAAAAGUGGAUACGCCGCAAUGUGUGCAAACAUUCUGCAGAUGAUCCGAAUAGGGUGUUACCUGGGAGCGGCUUUUACUAUGUGGUUAUACUGGAACAUGUGUUCCCGUGAGCUGUUUUACUGUGCGGCGAUCGUCGCUCCCAUCUGCUGCUGUGUGAUACUUUUCCAAGUCUAUCUCAUUUCCAAACUCUGAGCUCUACUAAUCCACGGAAAUGAUCAGUGAUCGGGAUUGAACUUCACAUGCGGGGGCUUCACCUUUGAGGAAUUCAGAUAUGACAUCCCACUCUCCCCAGCCGCCCCGUAUCACCCCCACCCCUCCAAGACCUCUGAAUGCCGCCUGUUAUCAAAGAAAUUGCACUUGUUCCGACAGGAUUUUAUCACACUAGCAGGUCACGUAUGUGGUCUGAAUAUAAGACGACACCAAGGGGUCCGCCAUCUAACAUGUAUAGAGCAAUCACGAACCCAUCGGGUCAUCGACGUAAUCAUCGUAAGCUGAACUUCUUCAUUACGAUAUCCUUUACAUACAUGUACAUAUAAUCACGAUAUCCGUUAUAUCGUUAUAUAUAUGCUCAGUCGUAUACUCUCCAUGAAGCAUUUGUAUUUUGUUACUACUCAAAGAAAAGGAUUUCGCGCGCAAAAUGUGCAAUAUUUUUCUCAUUCCUGUAGUGUUUAUUUUUUGCCAUGUUGUAUUAUGUAAAGGUAAGGCUUGGAGUAAAAGUGAAAUAUCGAUAAUUUGUAAUUAAUUAUUAUUUGUUUGUUUAUUUAUUUAUGCCGUACUAAAAAAUCUUUAAUGCGACCAGCAUUAUGGUGGGAGGAAACCGGUCAGAGCCCGGGGAAACUCACGACCAUCCGCAGUUUGCUGGAAGACCUUCUCACGUACGGCCGGACAGGACGUUUAAUUUUGGUACAGUUUACUUGCCUAAGCCAUGGUGCUAGGGGGCGUGUUAUUUGUUACUAUUUAAGCAUUUACAUAAACAGUUAGAACAAAACCGUAACUGAAGUAAAGUUACAAGAGGCUGUAUUUGACUGGUGACAGGUGUGACCAAUUGCAGGUCAUCACACUGUACUAACUGUUCUGGGUUUAAGCUCCGUUCAGACUAUCCAACAUCACUCAACUUUUGUUGACUCAACUUGAAAAUAUUUAUGCCUCUACAACACUCUGCCUGAAGAUUACAAAGACAGGGACAAAAGAAAGUCAUUGUGUCUCAUUCAUUGGAGAGAAAGAUGGAAAUUUUCCAUCUUGUUUGUUUGUUUAAAAAAAAACACAGUUCAACAAACGACAAUAGUGUUGGACAAUGUUGACCUGUCUGAUUUGUAGGUCGGGAUUUGGACGGGACACUCAACUUACCCCAACAACAUUCAACUUGCUGUUGAGUCAGUAAAAGUUGAACGAUGUUGGAGAGUCUGGACUCUAUACUCUCUGUAUGCUGCAAGUCUUCAAUUACACUGUACAAAUGAGAUGAUCGAGUCCUUGAUGGGUUAUUCACAUAGAGCAUUUCUUUCUUGAAUCCUGCAGUCGGGAGAUAUGUUUGGUGCUUUAAUCUUCCACCCAUAAACCUGACGGCCGUCGUAUUUGUAAAUGUAGGACUAAGUACUAGCUCUUGAGCUGCAGAGAAUGUGUUACUUUUGACCCCAGCAUUCACUCAAUAUGUAGUGUCAAACUGAGUGUCUGUAUAUGCUAUAAUAGUCUCUCUCUAAACCAGACCGUCCUAACCUACCGGUUUUCGGUCUGUCGAAGUACCUAUCACAUUCGUAUACAAGUGAACGGCGAUGUAAUCAGUGUUACCCAAGGAACGCUCCUUGCGAGAAAAAAGCCUUCGCGGAUGACUACAAAUUUUUAUUGGAUGAAGUUGGGGAGGGGGGUGUGUACAGGUGCAUGUUUGGUAUCAUAAUAAUGGAAAUUGUCUAAGCUUUAAGCAGGUAUGAGUUUUAAUGAUGAAAGUUUGAAAUUCUGGGCGAGAGAGAGGACACAAGGAGACAGGAGGUGAUGAGGCUGUGAGUGACGUCCCCUUGGCGUUGCUAGGCACUUUUCCCAUCUGCCGGCAUGGAAAGAUCCAGAUUUUGACGGUCAGCCUAUGUCAAGAUUUUUAUGGCUUCUUUCUCACAGGCUGGGCCAGGUAUGCACCUAAGCUUAUGGGUCACGGGAUGUUUGGGACUGAGCUACAGCGCUAAACGUUAACAUUGUCGCUUAUAGAAAACUAAUGGGGGCCUGUGGCCUUUUACGGCUACGGUCCUCUGCAUAAGGAGAGUAAUGCUACAAGAGCCUUAAUUCAUUUCCGGUGUAAAUGGAUGUUUUUUUGAAACCCUAUAUAUGAAUACACGGGUUGUUAUGACGCAGACAUAUAGUUUUGAAAACACAGGCUUCUGAAUGCUUCUGAUAUUAACGUUAUAUAUACUUCCAUGGAGUUUAUUCUAAGGAGCAAAUUGAGCUGUUUGUAUCACAUGUCAACUUUUUCUCAGACGUAACUGCAGACUUUCUGCACAUUAAAAUGUGAAUCUUUUUCCAAAAAACAUAUAUUUUUUAAAAAAUGUUUGAACACGCAAACAUAUUUAUACAUAUGCCAGAGGUACCAUGACUGGUUGGAAAUGUAUACUUCAAAAUGCAUUUGUUUUUGUUAAAACUGUUACAUUAAAUUUAUUUUA